AUGGCGACCGGAUUGUGGGAUGAUUUUACCAUUACACACCUGAAAUCACCCCCAGAACGGCUCAAACUCCUCCAUUGGCAAGGGCAAAGCCAUGGCAAUCUAUUUGCCCUCACCAUUGACGAUUCUAUCAUCGUUCACCCAAAUAUCUACCUAAACUCAGCCAUGGAGGUCCACGGUAUUUGCGCCAUUCUUGAUUACACUGUCAAUGGUGGUGACUUCUUCGCACCACCAGUGAUUCUGCCAUUUUUUCCGACCGGGAAAGUCAUAGGUGGCCGGAGGUCUGACGCAAGAUGCAUGUGCACUGAGUUUCCGAUGGUUUUCUCGAUUGUUUGUGCUGUUUUUGCAUUCAAGAUUCUUAGAAACCCUCUUGCUCGUUGA